CUCUGCGACCUCCACCAAAACCAGCCCAGAGUUUCUUUUCUUCUCUUCUCUUUUCUUCUCUUCUCUUCUCUUUUCUUCUCUUCUCUUUUCCUUUCUCUUCUUUCAUUCAUUCCUCGCAUGACGUCCUCCCGAGAUAGUUACCAACUAGUAGGUGCCUAAUCAGCCCACACACACCGCCCACUGCACCACAACCAAGACGACUUAAUUGAACUGCACUGCAACAGAGAUCAAGCAAGCAUCCAAGUAUCGAGAACAGAGCAGAAUGCCCCGAAAACCCACCUCCAGUGCCCCCGGGGACAGGGACGAAGUACCGGACUCGCCUCCUGCGCAUUCGCAUUCCAGUACGCAGGGCGGAGGAGCACCGGCGGCGCACUCUGUCCAGGCGACGGAGCAGCAGCUGAAGGCUCGGGCGGAGGGUGUUUCGAUUGAGGACUACCUCCUCCCGCGCUCGCUAACCCUUCGCCUGGCAAAGUCCGUUCUCCCGCCCAAUACAUCGAUCCAAAAGGACGCGGUGCUAGCGAUCCAAAAGGCCGCGACGGUGUUUGUUUCCUAUCUCUCGUCUCAUGCCAACGAAGCAACCUUGAAACGAACAGUCGCGCCCUCGGACGUCUUCAGUGCGAUCUCGGAACUGGAGUUUGAUUCCUUUCGGUCGAGACUGGAGAAGGAGCUUGAUGCGUUUACGGAGUUGAAGGCUGGGAAGAGGAGCCAGAAGAAAGGGUCUGCUGGUGCUGGUGCUAAUGGGGAUGGGGAUGGGGAUGCGGGCAAGGGAGCGGACGAGGACGAAGAGGUGGAGGAAGAUGAUCGGGGAGCGAAGAGGGUGAAGAGGGACGACGGAAAGGGGAAAAAGAGGAAUGAUACCGUGGAAGUAGAAGAAGAAGAAGAGGAAGAGGAAGAGGAAGAAGAAGAAGCAGAUGGUGAUGAGACCCAGGAUGAGCCCGAGAUGCAGGAGGAUGAGAAUGAGACGGAGGAAGAAGAGGACGAGGAUGACGAUACUAGGGAUGAUGAUGAUAUUGAUCGGGUUGAAGAUCUGGAUCGCGACUCUCGAGCCCGACGGACGAUGGAUCCCGAUGCGGGCGAGGAGACGGAGAGCGACGACGAGGUGGGAAAUCAAUUACGAGGGGAUCUAGGGUUGGGAUAGUUACACACACAUUACCAAACUUGUUCAGAUAGCUCAAAAUAAACGUUGUACGCAUAUCAAAGGUACAUAAUAAUGAUAUGGCUUCG